GCCCUGGCACCGAUCCAUAAACCCUCGCGCCAAAGGCUCGUCGAGUUCUAUUCGGGCGGACGGAGACGAGGCAAUGGCCGUGGAGAAGGCCGUCGCCGCUCCGGCUGCUUCUCUGGCAACCAUCCAUCGCUUCGAAAAGAUCGUCCUCAGCUGGGAUUAUCUCCGCCUCGUUCGAGAGUCCACUCAGAAGAAAGGCGCCGAGGUUGGAACCGCCGCGGGGCUGAAGUCCGUCAAGAAGACCUACAAAGACGUGGAGGAGUACAUUGGAGUCUUUGAGCCGCUCCUCUUCGAGGAGGUGAAGGCCCAGAUCGUCCAAGGGAGAGAAGAAGAAGAUUUGACGGAUUGGCAGAAGGGUGCGGUCGCUUCCUGCGCUGAGACCGAUGGGUUUCAUAGAGUAUCGUUGGCCGUUCUUGAUGAGUUUCGAGAACAAGUGUCAGAAAAUGAUAUCUUGCUCCUUUCGAAGGAAAAGUUUCAGGAGGGAAUGACUCCAAGUACAUAUGCUUUUGCCUUGGUGGAACAACGUGGUGGCAGAGAGACCCUUACACUUCGAACUUUUCUUGCUGGGGAGGUCAAGCAUCUGGAUAAAGCUGAACCUGAGCACAGUCAAAGGCUGUUGAGGAUGCUUUCUGUUUUUAAAACAACAGAGAGCUUCUUGUGGAUUCUAAAAAUUUGCAGUUUGUCUACUAUCAUGCGUGAAUAUGUGGGACUGCAUUCUGUUGCUUCUCUUCCUUUCAAGGAUUUGAUAUUGUCAGCUGCCGAAAAGUCAGAUCAGGGUAAUCUUGGAGAUCGGGCCUGGAAUGUUCCUCAACCACUCAUGGAUUACCUCCAAAGCAACCUAAAUGAUUCACAAUUAGAUGCUGUACAAGCAGGUCUUUCACGUAGAACCUUUGUUCUAAUACAGGGUCCCCCAGGAACAGGAAAGACACAAACCAUACUAGGACUCCUCAGUGCUGUUCUUCAUUCAGCUCCUGGAAGAGUGCAAUCCAAGGGAGGAAUUUCUGCACCAAAACGUGGGCCAGAGCUGCAAAUCCAGGACAAGUACUGUCACUGGAUUAAGGCAUCUCCUUGGUUAAGUGGUGCAAAUCCAAGAGAUUUAAUUAUGCCUAUUGAUGGUGAUGAUGGUUUUUUUCCUACUGGAAAUGAAUUGAAACCUGAGAUUGUCAACUCUAAUCGCAAAUAUCGAGUCCAUGUGUUGGUUUGUGCUCCUUCCAAUUCUGCACUUGAUGAGAUAGUAUUGCGUGUCCUGCGCACAGGUAUAUAUGAUGAGUACGGCCAUGUAUAUACUCCCAAAAUUGUACGGAUUGGUCUUAAGCCACAUCACUCUGUGCAAGCAGUAUCCAUGGAUUACCUUGUGGAACAGAAACUUGCUAGUGUGGAUCGCUCAUCAUCCGGCGCUGGUAAACAGGGAUCUGGAGGAGCUGAUCGAGAUAGGAUUCGCACUUCAAUCCUUGAUGAAUCAGCCAUUGUCUUCUCUACUUUGAGUUUCAGUGGAUCAUCCCUUUUUAGUAAAAUGAAUCGUGCGUUUGAUGUCGUUAUAAUUGAUGAAGCUGCACAAGCUGUGGAGCCAUCAACUCUUGUCCCACUGGCGCAUGGAUGCAGACAAGUAUUUCUUGUUGGUGAUCCAGUCCAGUUGCCGGCAACAGUAAUUUCUUCGACUGCUGAAAGAUUUGGAUAUGGCACAAGUUUGUUCAAGAGAUUUCAGAAGGCCGGCUUUCCUGUACAGAUGCUCAAAAUCCAGUACCGCAUGCAUCCAGAAAUAAGCAUCUUUCCUUCAAAAGAAUUUUAUGGCGGUUAUCUGGAAGAUGGAGAAUCAGUUAAGAAAACACGUUCACCAUGGCACAUCUACCGCUGCUUUGGACCCUUUUUUUUCUUUGAUAUAGAUGGCGUUGAAUCCCAGCCAUCAGGAAGUGGUUCUUGGGUAAAUGAAGAGGAGGUUGAGUUCAUAGCUCUCCUGUAUCAUAAGUUGGCAAGUAAAUUCGAAGAUUUGAAGUCCAGUUCUCAACUGGCAGUCAUCUCCCCUUACAGACACCAAGUAAAGCUUCUGCGGGAACGUUUCAGGGCUACUUUUGGGGACCAAUCUGAUCAAAUAGUAGAUAUAAAUACUGUGGAUGGUUUCCAGGGACGAGAAAAAGACAUUGCCAUCUUUUCAUGUGUUCGAGCAAACAGUGGGAAAGGGAUUGGUUUUGUUUCUGAUUUUCGUCGAAUGAAUGUUGGCAUCACUAGAGCAAGAUCCUCUGUCCUGGUGGUGGGUUCUGCAUCAACCUUGAUGCAAGAUGAUCAUUGGAAAAACUUAGUGAAAAGCGCUCAAGAUCGAAAAUGUUAUUGCAAGGUUACAAAGCCCUAUGGUGCAUUUUUCAAUGAUGCCAAUUUGGACGAAUUGAAAGCAGAGGACCCAUGGAAAAAGAAGGCUAAAAUAGUAGAUGAAUUGCAUAGUGAAAUGGCAGUAAUGGAAAACAUGGCUGUUGAUAAUGUUGAAGGUAAUGCAGAAGGAAAUGAGGAUUAUGGCAUGGAAGGUGAUGGCGGUGGCUAUGAUGAUGACUGAAUGUCUUAUUAAGAGGCUUCUCAGUCUACACUUUCGCAGGGCCUGGGCUAUGUUCUUAUUUACUGUGCCUUGCCUUGCAGUUGUUGAGAUGAUAGCCUUUCUAUGCGACUUCCAAACCAGAGCUUAGAUGCUGAGUUUGGUUUGUAUCAAGCAGAACAUUAACUACAUGUUAAUUCUUUGGCUAGCUUCUCACUUAAAUCUGCAAAAAGCAUGCAUCAUUUGGGUUUUGUUGUCUGCAACAUAUACUGUUCUUUUUCUUUUUAUGCCUUUCUCAAUUCUAUUCCACUUUGUAAAAGAUUAUUGUUUACAUUGAUAACACUGACAAAUGAUAUAUUUUUCAACACUGAUAGGGGUGGCUGUUUGAUCUAAAGCCUCUAUUUGAUCU